AUGGCGUCCUUGUCGGUGCUGCUGCUGACGGCGCUGGCCGCGCUGCUGGUCGCGCGGUGGUGGUGGCGGCGCCGCCGCCUGGUGGCGCUCAUGGAGCGCAUCCCGGGCCCCUUCGCGCUGCCGCUGCUCGGCAACACGCUGGAGCAGACCGUGGAGCACGACGAGCUGUUCGUGAGGCUCAACGGCAUCACCCAGCUGUUCGGCCGGCAGCACGGCGUCUGUCGCACCUGGUUCUGCACGCAGCCCUACGUGCUGCUAAGCUCGCCCGACGCCGUGGAGUGCGUGCUGGCGUCCAACCGGCACACCGACAAGAGCGACGAGUACCUGUACCUGCGGCCCUGGCUGGGCACCGGGCUGCUCACCAGCUGGGGCGCCAAGUGGCACCGCCGCCGGAAGGUGCUCACCCCCGCCUUCCACUUCCGGAUCCUGGACGACUUCAUCGACGUCUUCCGCGAGCAGGCCGACGUGCUGGCCGACCGCUUCGUGCAGCAGGCCGAGCAGGCCGGCCGCCGCGGCUUCAACGUGUUCCCGCUCGUCACGCUCUGCACGCUGGACAUCAUCUGCGAGACGGCCAUGGGCCGCAAGGUGCACGCCCAGGUGGACAGCGAGUCGCCGUACGUGCGCGCCGUGUACGACAUGGCCGAGAUCGUGCUGACCAGGCAGUCCACCGUGUGGUACCAGCCCGACUGGCUGUUCCGGCUCACGCCCAUGUACCGCCGGCAGCAGGCCUGCCUGCGCGACCUCCACGGCUUCUCCAACAAGAUGAUCCUCGAGCGCAAGGAGGAGUUCCGGCGCAGCAGGGACCAGCGCGGCCAGGACCUCGACGACGACCUGGGCUCCAAGAAGAGGCUGGCCUUCCUCGACCUGCUCAUCGAGGCCUCGCAGGACGGCGCCGUGCUCUCCGACGAAGACAUCCGCGAGGAGGUGGACACGUUCAUGUUCGAGGGCCACGACACCACGUCGGCGGCCAUCUCCUGGUGCACCUUCCUCAUUGGCUGCGACCCUCACGUGCAGCGGCAGGUGCACGCCGAGCUGGACGACAUCUUCGCCGACGACCCCGACCGCGGCGUCACCAUGAAGGACCUGAACGACAUGAAGUACCUGGAGUGCUGCAUCAAGGAGGCCCUGCGGCUGUACCCCAGUGUGCCCGCCUUCGCGCGCAGCCUGCGCGAGGACGUGCAGAUCGGGCCGUACACCGUGCCGGCCGGCACCACGGCCAUGAUCGUCGUGUACAUGCUGCACCGCAACGCGGAGGUGUUCCCGGAGCCCGAGGUGUUCAACCCGGACCGCUUCCUGCCCGACAACUGCGUGGGCCGGCACCCCUUCGCCUACGUGCCGUUCAGCGCCGGGCCGCGCAACUGCAUCGGCCAGAAGUUCGCGCUGCUGGAGGAGAAGGCCGUGCUCUCGGCGCUGUUGCGCCGGCUGCGCUUCGAGUCGCUGGACCGGCGGGAGGACCUCACCCUCCACGGCGAGCUCAUCAUCCGGCCCAAGGACGGGCUGCGCGUCAGAGCCUUCGCCCGGCCGCACCCCUCCAAGACCGCCUCCAAGACCGCCACCGCCGUCAACAAGUAGCGCCCGUGGGCCAGAAGACCGGUGGCGGCGGCCA